GUGAGGAUCCCAUUCUCACAUGAGUAAGCGAACCUCCGCAAAAAACGGGAAAGGAGGGUUGCAUCCCAUUGACUGAGAGAGAGAGAGAGAGAGAGAGAGAGAGAGAGAGAGAGAGAGAGAGAGAGCGAGAGGCAGAGGCAACACGGACUCCGCCUAUACCGCCCUAACAUCCAGCUCCAGUCCGACGACGGCACCACAGACAGACCAGCUGAGUGAUCCAGGUCCCCCCCUCAGCUCGACUCAACUCCCGGCGUGAAGAAAACGGACAUGGGCUCCCCGUGAAUCCAGGCGGUGGAGGGCAGAGGCGGGCCGGCGGGGGGUGGGGGGGAACGACGACGAGAGCGUGGUGCGAGAAAAACACCCAGAGAGGACAGACAAAAGCACAACCGAGGGUGCCUGCAACCAUGAGCGGCUUGCACUAUUCACCAGAGCUGCCGCUGCCGCUCCGCCCGCGGACCAUGGCGUGAGGCGUGGCUCGGAAACGCUCCGGGAAAACCUGUCAGCCGAAACGACUCGCCGAGGAGGAGAAGGAGGAGGUGGUGGGGAGGAGGUGGUGGUGGUGGUGGUGGAAAAGAUGUCCGCCUCGGUGGGGCCCCAGGGUGGCCCUCGCCCACCCACCGCGCCGCCAUCCAUGCCGGAUCUGCCGGACCUUAGCCAUCUCACCGAGGAGGAGAGGAAGAUCAUCAUGGCAGUGAUGGCUCGGCAAAAGGAGGAAGAGGAUAAAGAACAAGCCAUGCUAAAAACACUGCACCAGCAGUUUGAGAGCUACAAACAGGAGGUGCGUCGCAUCGGCGUGGAGACGCGGCGUCAGCAGACCCAGCUGAAGGACGACGCGCCCACCUGCGGCAUCUGCCGCAAGACCAAGUUCGCCGACGGCUGCGGCCACCUCUGCUCCUACUGCCAGACCAAAUUCUGCGCUCGCUGUGGAGGGCGGGUCUCUCUGCGCUCCAACAAUGAGGACAAAGUGUGUCUCAUAGUGAAGGACAGGGUAAUGUGGGUAUGCAACCUGUGCCGUAAACAGCAGGAGAUUCUUACCAAAUCAGGAGAAUGGUUUUCAGGGUCAGGGGCGCGACCUGGGAGCCUGGGCACCCCAGCCACUGGAGGUGAGGCCCAACGGGACAGGAAGCUUCUCCGCUCCAGGUCCCAAGCCCCGCCCUCUAGCACCAACGCCAACGCGGGGCCGCCGAACGGGACACAGCUUCCCGCCAGUGUCACUGCUGCCAAGGGGGCCGACACCAUGCCUGGCUCCCGCUCCCAAAGUGAACCACCUAGAGAAAAGAAAAGGCCAGUUUCUCUCCAUGAGCAAAAUGGUAAGGGAGGCAUGGGCCGCGGUAGUGGCCGAAGAGCUGCUGGGAAGUUGACAUCUCAGUCAUCCCUGGAUGAGCGAGUGGUUCCAGGGGAGAGAGGAGAGAGACGCUUAGGAGAUGGACGGCGGCUGGAGAAGAUCCAUUCUCAGGACUACGAGGACGGGGAGGGCAACAUGGGUCGUUCAGAAACCCACCGGAGACGCCCCGAGGACGAGGAGCAGAGGGAGCGCCAGCGCCGCGAGGAGGAGUUCCAGAAUCGUUACCGUAGUGAUCCCAACCUGGCACGAUACCCGGUGAAACCGCAGAAGGAGGAGCAGGAGAUGCGCAUGCACGCCAGGGUGUCCAAGGUUCGCCAUGAACGGCGACACAGCGAUCUGGCGAUCAACGAGGUGGGACUGGGGCCUGGCGACGGAGGAGGGGGUGGAGGAGGCGGGGGGGAGGUACCUGAAAACCGUCUGGCCAGGAGGGGUGGAGGUGGAGGAGGAGCGGGAGACCGCAAGGCCCUUUUGGAGAACCACCAAGUCUACUCUGGGGAUAGGACCGUGGGGGUUGGAGGGGGCGCUCCACCUGCAGGAGGUGGAGUGAGAUCAGGAACCCAACCUGGGGGACCGGUGCCUCCGGAUUGGGGCCAGAACAAAGGCCGCCUGGAGCACGGUCCGGCACGGACACCAAGGGACAAGGGUGGGGACAACCUGCUGAGGAAGGACUCUCAGAGCUCGGACCAGUCGGAGUCUCUGCGGCCGCCCCCUCCACGGUCAUACAAGAGCAAGCGCGGAGUCAACAAGAGGCAGAUGUCCAUCAGCAGCUCAGAGGAGGAGGGCGGCUCCACGCCCGAGUACACCAGCUGUGAGGACGUGGACAUGGAAAGCGUCAGCGAGAAAGGUGACUGGGACUGUCAUUCUCUAGAUCCUACAGUGUGGCAUCAUCCAGUUACAUGGCAACCGUCCAAAGAGGGCGACCACCUAAUCGGACGCAUCACGCUAAGCAAGAGGUCGGCAAUGCCCCGCGAGGCUGGCUCCCUUCUCGGCCUAAAAGUGGUAGGAGGGAAGAUGACAGAGACAGGGAGACUCGGGGCCUUCAUCACCAAAGUCAAGAAAGGCAGCCUUGCAGAUGUUGUGGGACACCUACGAGCAGGUGACGAGGUGCUGCAGUGGAAUGGAAAGUCGUUGCCGGGGGCAACUAAGAAAGAAGUGUACAACAUUAUCCUUGAAUCCAAGGCUGAACCUCAAGUGGAAAUAGUUGUUUCAAGACCUAUAGGCUCUAUCCACCGAAUUAUGUCCAAAAACUUCUUGAGAAAAGUGUAUAGAGCAUAUCAAGACAUCCCAAGAAUCCCAGAGUCAUCCCACCCUCCACUAGAAUCUACAGGCUCCAGUUCCUUUGAGUCGCAAAAGAUGGACCGUCCCUCGAUAUCAGUGAUGUCCCCAACCAGCCCCGGGACCCUCCGAGACCUUCCUCUGGUACUGCCUGGACAACUCUCUGUGAAGCUGUGGUAUGACAAAGUGGGCCAUCAGUUGAUCGUCAACGUCCUUCAAGCCAUAGACCUGCCACCUCGACCAGACGGACGACCCCGGAACCCCUAUGUCAAGAUGUACUUCCUGCCUGAUAGGAGUGAUAAGAGUAAACGGCGGACUAAAACCGUGAAGAAGAGCGCUGAACCAAAGUGGAACCAGACCUUCCUAUAUUCCCACGUUCACCGGCGGGACUUCAGAGAGCGCAUGCUAGAGAUCACAGUGUGGGACCAGCCCAGAGUCCAGGAGGAGGAGAGUGAAUUCCUGGGAGAGAUCCUGAUAGAGUUGGAGACGGCCCUGCUGGACGACAUUCCUCAUUGGUAUAAACUCCAAACACAUGACAUGUCCUCUAUACCUCUGCCCCAGCCUUCCCCGUACCUCCCGCGCAGACACGUCCAUGGAGACAGCCCCAGCAAGAAACUACAGAGGUCUCAUCGCAUCAUUGAUUCAGAGUUUGAUGAUGGUUUGAUGGUAGUGACUAAAGAUGCAGAGCGUAACUCCAGGGAGAGAGAGCGGGGCAGUACGUUGGCAGUGCCGGAGCAGCAGCGGCCCGUCCAGCACCGCUCCCGUUCAGUGUCUCCUCACAGAGAGGACUCCUGCAGGACUAGGUCGCGGCCCGCACACGUGCCCAUGCAAAGGAGCCUGGAUGAGAUCCACCAGAACCGCCACCACUCCCACUCCCCUUCCCGUUACCAAGACUCGCACUUAGAGCACCAACGCUCUGGGGACUCGGACUACGAGUACUCUGAGGACAGUGAGGUCCUGGAGAUGCACAGGUCUAUCCGUGGCGGGAGUGCCGAGUGCCUGCACACAAACAGGGGCAUAGGUAGAUACAGCAACACACUACCCCCCAAAAUGCCCCUGUUAGUAAACGGUAUCCAUAAAGACAUUUACAGCUCCACCCUCCCCGCAUGCCUAAAGAGCAAGCCGUACCACCGGCGGGAAGGGGGCAGCACCAUGCCUCGUAGCAUCCUUACACACCGUGUGCUCAGGUUCACUGAUGAGGUCACGGUUAGCGACCUGCAGCCGUCGUUGGACAGAGCGAGGAGUGCCAGCACCACCUGUCUGAGACCAGACACCAACUUUUACUCCCCUGACAGAGACAGGCAGUAUAGCAAUUCAUCAGGUCCAAACUGUCAAAGGGGCAGCAAAAAAAGCCUGGAGGGGGACAGUCGUAUCCAGCCCACCUCUAUCCUGAGGGGCAGUAGGGGGAGAGGGGGCCCGCUGAGGCCCUUUGGCCAGACAGCCUUGGCUGGGUCCUGCCUAAACUCACCACGGCUAGACAGAGCACACCCUCAUGGCAGCCCCUCCUCUCCAACGGGGACUCCCUCAUCAGGUCGCAGGGGCAGGCAGCUGCCUCAGCUCCCCGCAAAAAGCAGCAGUAUAGAGCAAGCCCUUGCAGUAGAGGAGCGAGCCCGGCAGCUGCAGAUGAAAGUACAUUCCUACCGGCCUUCAGCCUCCCACGACCCAGAGACGGACCUCAAGACCAAACGGGAGAUGUACGCAGAGCAGAGGCGAAGCAGCGACAACAUGUCGGCCAGAUCGUCAGACAGCGAUAUGAGCGACGUGUCGGCCCUCUCCCGUGCCAGCAGUGCCUCUCGCCUCAGUAGCACCAGCUACAUGUCCAUCCAAUCAGAACGCCCCGGAGGACGACUCAGAUCCAAGUCAUUAGAGGAGGAGAAAAAAGACAGGAGGAUCUCGUGGGGGGUGAAUGGAGAGGAGGAGAGGAGGUCGACAGGAAAGAGACGUUUCUCUGCAGAGUUGAAGCGCAGGAGACACACUGUAGCCGGAGACACCAGGGAGUCCAGUCGGCAGCUACGAUCGGCGGGCCGCAGCAUGCUGAAGAGCUCCAGUGUGAGUGGAGAGAUCUACACCCAGGAGCGCACCGACGGCAGCCAAUCAGACACAGCUCUGGGCACGGUGGGCGGCGGCAGCAAGAAGAGACGCUCCAGCCUCAGCGCGCGGGUGGUGGCCAUCGUCGGCAACCGUCGCAGCCGCAGCACUUCACAGAUCAGUGGCCCUGAGGGGAAGAGUAAGAAGGAGAAGGGUGCACCUAUCCAAAGGAGCACAGAGACCGGCAUGGCGGUAGAGUUGACCAGGAACAUGAGCCGCCAGCCCAGCAAAGAGUCCAACAAUGGCAGCAUGAACAGCUGCAACUCUGAGGGGAAUUUGAUCUUCUCUGGAGUCAAUCUGGGUGCCAGCAGUCAGUUCAGUGACUUCCUGGAUGGCCUGGGCCCGGCUCAGUUAGUGGGAAGGCAAACCCUGGCUACUCCUGCCAUAGGCGACAUCCAGAUCGGUAUGAUGGAGAAAAAGGGACAGCUGGAGGUGGAAGUUAUCAGAGCUCGAGGACUGGUACAAAAGCCAGGAUCAAAAUCCCUCCCUGCUCCAUAUGUCAAGGUCUAUCUGCUGAAUAAUGGAGCGUACGUAGCCAAAAAGAAAACCAAGAUUGCACGGAAAACACUUGACCCACUGUACCAGCAAGUACUGCUAUUCGAGGAAAGCCCACAGGGUAAAGUCUUACAGGUGAUUGUAUGGGGAGACUACGGCCGCAUGGACCAUAAAAGCUUCAUGGGAGUUGCACAAAUCCUAAUGGAGGAACUGGACUUAUCAAGCACAGUCAUUGGUUGGUACAAGUUGUUCCCACCGUCCUCCUUGGUGGAUCCGACACUUGCCUCCAUAACACGGCGGGCUUCUCAGUCGUCACUCGACAGUUCCUCCGGACCUCCUGGGGUCCGAUCCUAGUGGACCAACAGCUCUACACCGCUCCAACCGGUAACAAACUCAUGAAACGUACUGUAGAGAGAAAUAAAUAAACACACACAAAAAAAAAAAAAAAAGAUGGCAGAAAUGCA